UACUAAACAUACAAAGAAGAAAUUAAUAAUGAGUGACAGCGAUGAAAACAGUUUACUAGUUGAAAAGAAACACAUUAUUGAUAAUGACAAUGUGCCGAGCCCACCAGAAAUAGAAAAUAUUAAAGAUGGAACUAAAAAGCUUUACAAGAAAAGUUACACUAAGUUUAUGGGAUGGCGGAAGAAAGAAAAUAUAUCUUCGUUUUCAGAAAACGUCUUACUGACAUAUUUUCAGGAUAUGAGCACUAAAUAUGCACCUUCGACCUUAUGGGCUGAGUAUUCUAUGAUCAAAUCGACAUUGAAGCUUUAUGAAAAGACGGAUAUAUCCAGUUAUGGCAAGCUACUGCAGUUUUUAAAGCAAAAGUCGGAAGGGUAUAAAGUUAAGAAGUCAAAAACAUUUACACCUUCGGAAAUUGAGAAAUUUAUCAGAAAAGCACCUGACGAAGUCUUUCUUAUGGUGAAGGUUGCCGUAAUUUUCGGCGUGCUAGGUGCUUGCAGAAGACAAGAACUGCAAAGAUUGCUGUUCAAAGACGUCAUCGCUUUCAACGAAAUGCUACUAGUCAAUAUAAUGAAAACUAAAAAUAAACUAGACCGAACAUUUACCGUCACUGGUAAAUACUAUCGCAUUGUGAAAACAUUCAUCGACGCCAGGCCAAAGGAUUGUAGGAAUGAACGUUUUUUUCUAACGUAUUACAAAGGGAGAUGCACCGGCCAAAAUGUGGGGAUCAACUCGUUUGGCAAUAUGGGUAAAACGGUGGCGAGAUACUUGAAGUUGUCGAACCCGGAGCUGUAUACUGGCCACUGCUUCCGAAGGACCUCGGCCACUUUACUUCUUGAUGCAGGAGGUGACAUGACUUUCAAGCCUGUCCUGAAAAAAGAAUGGACGAGCGUCGUUACAGACUACAUCGACCAUUCCAUUCAAAACCAGCAGCAGCAGCCGUCGCUCGAAGCGAAGAAGCCCACGAUAUUAAACACUUCAGACAACUCAGAUUCCGACUCCAGCACGCGAACACAGCCGGAACCUUCGCCUUCAGAGCCGAACAGAGGAGAGCAGUGCCGUUUCUGCGGCGACUUCAAGGAAUGUAGCCCGGUCGUUCAGAAGCCAUACCUCAUGGGCAACAAGACUACACUGGCACUCAAUCAUUUGCGAGUCGAACUGGACUUCAGUAUAGACUCUCUCCCAAAAACCGUCUGCCGUGAGUGCGACGCGAAGCUUCUAGAAACCUUCGAAUUCAUCAAACAAGUCAACACUGCACAAUUCUCACUCGUCGCCGUCUGCCCAAACAAUGCUACAAAUGCACACAGAUCGGCCCGAAAUCGCAACAACGACAUUCAUCACAUAGAAAUUGAUACUCAAAUAGUCAAAGCUGAAUUUGAGUCCACGGAUGAAGAUUCACGUGAAAGUAAAAUUGAUAUUUGUGAAGAUUCAUUAACUCUCGGCGAAACAAUAUAUUUGAGAGAAACUCACAAGAGGAAACAUGAAGUUGAUGAUAAAAAGCCCAAGAAUGUGAAAAAGGGAAAAAGCGUAAAAAAUCAAAAUACUGAAUUAAUAAUCGAUAUAAAAGAAGAAAGGAUGGACAAUGAUGAUGGAAAUAGUGAAGAUAGUGUAGUAUUUAGUGAUACGGGGACUGAUAUGAAACCUAGCGAGUUAGAACUUGCAGAAAGUGCUUUUAAGUAUCAAAAAGAGAAGCAGACAUUUAGUGAUACACGUGUGAAAGGCAAAAAGUGUAGUGGUGAAGAGUGUAUUGAGUAAAAUUAAAUUAUGGUACAAAAUGUAUUGUGUGCACCUUUACUACAAAUGAGAUAUAAAAAUAUACUGUUAGGAUGAGAUGAGAUCAACCAUCAGUCCGAAACUAAAAUAAAGAAGGUUAAGUAUGUUAUAAUAAAUAUAGUUAAAAUACAGUAUAAGAACCGAAUUAAAUAUUUUGUUAAGAUAUAACAUAAAAAAAGUAUAAGACUGAAUCUUUUUUCCAUAUUUUAUUUUUGUUUGUUUCGUUUUCUCACUUAAAACAAUGCCAACUGUCUUAAAAUAUUAAUGCAACACAAAAUGUACAUAUCUAGUUACUUAUUGUUAUAUAAGUUAUUUCUUCUUUAACUUACCAAUAUAAGAAAAUGUUAGUUUCUCAAAUGGUUUAAAAUUGAAACAGUAUUGUUAGAAGACAAGAAAUUGUCAUAUGUCUAAAUAUUUUGUUUUGUGUGUGAUUUGUUUUGUCCAAAAUGAGAGAUGAGUAUGAUCCUUUUCAUACAAAAAUUAGAUUCAUUCUAUUUUCUAUUUGUAUCUAAACUUUAGAAAUUUGUUAAAUAGCUGAUUUGCUAAAAGAUGCGCUGUCAUAUGUGAUUUCUGUUAUUAAAGGGGCCUACAGAUUACCAGUUUGCCGGACGAUAUCAGCCUGUCAGUUCGGAGCUGUCAAAAUUUGUGUUUUAGAGUCAGUCCAUGAAAAGUCUGCAGCGGAGUUGAUAGCCCACGCAGUGCACGUGUUAUUUUAAACGUCACUUGCACUGCGUGGGCUAUCAAAUCCGCUGUAGACUUUCUUGGUCCGACUCUAGCUGGGGAGCCGACGAUGCUAAAUCAUCGGGGAUAGUGCAAUACCGCGUAACUAACAAAUGCAGUAAGGUCUAAUUUCCUUGUAACAUUGUUUGAAUUUAGAACUCUAUCGACUUUGUUAGUUACGCGGUAUUGCACUAUCCCCGACGAAAUGU